AUGGCAUCAUUCAACCUCACCCCCUCUGACCCUUCAAUGUUCAUCCUAAUGGGCAUCCCUGGCCUGGAAGCUGCCCAUGUCCUGAUUUUCAUCCCUUUCUCUAUGUUCUACCUUACUGGCCUGUUGGGAAAUUUCAUGGUUCUGUUUGUUGUAGGCAAAGAGGAGACUCUGCACACACCGAUGUAUCUGCUGAUCUGUAUGCUGGAGCUCACAGACAUUGGCACAUCUACCUCCAUUGUGCCUAAAGCACUGUUUAUAUUUUGGUUCAAUUUGAAAGGUAUUACAGUGGGUGGCUGCCUCACGCAGAUGCUCUUUUAUCACGCUGUUAGUGUUAUGUACUCAGCCGUCCUUGUGACAAUGGCCUUCGACCGCUAUGUUGCCAUAUGUAACCCUCUGAGAUACACCACCAUCCUCACUAACAAAAGAAUAGCUAAGCUAGGGCUCCUGGGUUUGAUAAGAGCUGUUCUCUUUGUUCUGCCUGCAUCCCUGCUCCUCAGCAAGCAGCCAUUCUGUGCAAACCACAUUAUCCCCCAUAUGUACUGUGACCACAUGGCUGUGGCAAAGAUGUCGUGUGGGGACAUCACAGUCAACAGGACGUACAACUUGGUGAUAGUGUUUGUAGUCAUUGGGUUAGACCUGACACUCAUUGCCCUGUCCAAUGGUCUGAUCAUCAGGGCUGUCCUCAGAAUCUCUUCCAGGAAAGCGCAUCAGAAAGCCCUCAACACCUGCACAGCCCACAUCUGUGUGAUGCUGACGUCUUAUACUCCCUCCCUCUUCUCUAACCUGACAUAUGAGUUUGGUCAUGGCAUUGCUUCCCAUGUUCACAUCAUCUUGGCCAAUGUCUAUUUCCUCAUCCCCCCCAUGCUCAACCCUAUCAUUUAUGGGGUCAAAACCAAAGAGCUUCGUGACAAAGUGGUUAAAUAA